AUGGUCGCCCGCGGCGCGGGCUUCUGCCGCGCCGGCUUCUACGCCGGCUUCGACGGCAAGCACCUGACGGACCUGGGGGGGCGCCUGCGCCAGCGCCUGCCUCGCGGAGAAGCACUGCGAGGCGGUGUCCUUCUGCCCACCGCAGGACGCCGACUGCGGACCAGGCGGCGCGCUCCCAAGAGGGCCUCGCGUUCCAGUUCCCAGACCCCCUCGAGCCAGGAAAAGUUCGCGACGGGAGGUUCUUUACAAUUUUCGGCCUGUGGAGUCUCUCAACGGGCCCCGGGGCCGUCCAAAAACGGCUCGGGAUGA